ACGGCCCUCUAAAAGGGGAAACAGAUGGGAAGGGUUUAUAUGAAAAGUUCCCCAGCCGGGCAGUGAUAGGACUGGGACCUUAAUCUGCCCCUAAACUCUUUGGCUUAUAAAUGAGGGCACUUGUUGUUGUUUAGUUGCUAUGUAGUGUCGGACUCUUUUGUGAGGCAAUGGACGGUAGUUUUCCAGCUUCCUCUAUCCUUGGGAUUCUCAAAGUGUGAGUAACUCCAAAUGAGAAAAUAAAGAAGAACCAAGUCCCGUGAUUGCUGUCAUUUUCCCCGUAGCCCCUCCCCACAGGGUGGGGCCCUGAACCAGACACAGAUAUAGCUACUGGAGGCCCUGGUUUAUCCAAAGCUGUGAAACUGGAGGAGAGGCCCGCCCCUUAAGUGUCUGACCACAGGGCUCUUUGACUGAAAACUGCAGCUCCAAGUCAGGGUGUGCUGAUUUGAAUCUUUUUCACGGGUGAAAAGGCAAGAGAGAUGCAUUUCAUCUUCUCAGAUGAGGUAGUGCUUCUCUUUGAUUUUUGGAGCGUCCACAGUCCUACAGGCAUGGCCCUUUCCGUGUUGGUCAUCCUGCUUCUGGCUGUGUUGUAUGAAAGCAUCAAGGUUGGCAAAGCCAGGCUGCUCUACCAGGCCCUGAUGAACCUGUCCAUCCCAAGCCAGCAGCUUAUUGAAGCGGCAGACCAGGAUUCUUCAAGCUCAGACUCCCUGCCUGUCAGCAGAAGCCCUCUCAGGUGGUUUUUGUGUCACUUCGGCCAGUCUCUGCUCCAUGUCGCUCAGGUGGUCGUUGGCUACUUCGUGAUGCUGGCGGUUAUGUCCUAUAACACCUGGAUUUUCUUCGGCGUGGUCCUGGGCUCAGCUGGCUGUUCUCAAGGCAUUGCCAGCUCCUGGAAACUUUCAGCUGAAGCCAGCACUUGCUCCCUGGAGUUCUGAGGCCAUUGCCACUCCUCAGCCAGGCUGCAGAGGGCCCUGGCGAAGUCUUUCUGUGCCUUUAAGAAGGCUGCUGUGACAGGAGGUGGGAUGGAGACCAGCACCCGGGGGCAGAUUUCAUAACCAUGGCAGCAUUUGCUGGGACCCCUUUCCCUCUCUUGGGGGGAGAGUAAGUGACAGCUGAUUAAAGGCAAAGAAGCAGGAAGUUACCAGGGCUGUGACCUACCCUCCAAUACAGUAAGCUCCUCCCAUGGGAUGGGAAGGUGAUAGUUAAAUGGCUUUAGGUGUCGGGCGGGGAGCUCUUCAUGGCCUUAAUCUUAUCCUGAUCCUCCCCCUAAUGCAAAACCAAGAAUUCACUGAGUAAUAUUCAAUACUGAUGUUUUCUAUUUAUUACUUACUGCUCACCCAUAGUGAUCUGGUGGGGAAACAUGAUUCGUUCACAUAGUGAGUAAGCCACAGGGCGUGUCAACUGAAGAUGUAAUAAGCCAUCAAGCCAAAGCCUUACAUUAGUAGAGUUAGGUGGGGGCUCUACACAUAUUGAACCUUUUCUCUUUAAAGAAAAGGAAAAAAUAGACCCAGGGAGAGAAAAAUCACUGCUGUCUACUGUAAUGUCUACAUUCAAGUACCUCAUGGGCGAGAGGAAAGAUGGUCUGAAGCUUUGAGAAUUAAAAACGAAAUUAUUUUAAUAAAUAUAUAUUUUUAAAUAGUC